AUUGGGCUCCUCCCCCCUGAUUUGUGUGCUUAAUGAUGUUGACAUAUCUCCAAGAAUCAUUGAGUUGUCAAUUUAAAAACCUAAGGAGAGCGAAUGACAUAUGUGUAUUAAUCCUAUGUCUUUCUUGGAUAAAACCCCUGUAUGAUACGGCCUAUCACACCUAUACAGAAAUACACUCUCGGCGGAGAAAGAAGCAGGAAAGAAAAACUAUUUCUUGUACUUUCAUCAUGGCUUCUUGAAUUUAUCAUCUAAUAUUCUGAUGUUUUGAUUUCUCUCUCCCGGGAUUUAAAUAUUCAGGUGGGAAGAGUUCUUCGUAUCAGAGACAAAAUGUUUGCUCUUCCAACUUUGCACUUCACACCUCAACAAGUUGCGCAAGUUUGUGAGACUUUGGAGGAAAGUGGAGACAUUGAGCGUUUAGGACGAUUUUUGUGGUCUUUGCCAGUCAACCCUUCUGCGUGUGAGGCUUUAAACAAACAUGAAUCGGUUCUGAGAGCCAGGGCACUUGUUUCUUUCCACACAGGAAACUUCAGAGACCUCUAUCAUAUCCUUGAGCAUCAUAAAUUCACUAAAGAGUCUCAUGCCAAAUUGCAGGCAAUGUGGCUGGAAGCCCAUUACCAGGAAGCUGAGAAACUUCGAGGGCGACCCUUAGGUCCAGUAGACAAAUACAGGGUACGAAAGAAGUUCCCCCUACCCAGGACGAUAUGGGACGGGGAACAGAAGACGCACUGCUUUAAAGAGAGGACCCGCAACCUUCUAAGAGAGUGGUACCUCCAGGACCCUUACCCGAACCCGACCAAGAAACGGGAGUUGGCAACAGCAACGGGACUGACGCCUACCCAGGUUGGCAACUGGUUCAAGAAUCGACGACAAAGAGACAGAGCUGCAGCAGCUAAAAAUCGACUUCAAAAUCAACAAAGCGGCGAUAAACUUAGCUGUCUGGGAGCAUCAUCACCAACUGCAAGAUCAAUGACGUCAUUCGACGAUGAUGAAAAAAUCGAUGUUGACGUCGAUGACGACGAUGAUGAUUUCGAUAAUUUGGACGACUCUCGCAGCAGCACGAGUUCCCCAAACUCCCAGGUUUCCGCUCAAAGUCCAACCAGCCAACUGAAGUUGUCGCCCACGUAAUCAAGUGAUGUUGUUAUAUUGCUGCUAUUCGCGAUUAUGGAUCGACACUGACGAUUAUCGCUUAUUUUUUGUUUAAGACUUAUGUGUAAGAAAAACGAUUGAUAGAUCGACUCUUGCCAUCUAUGGAUGUUGUUUGUUGUUAACAUUACAUUUGCCUGAUCGGUAGUGGGUGUUUCUUUGCUUUUGUAUUCUGUUAUUGUAUUGAUAUAAUGAAGUUUUCUGUGUAUUUUUGCCUCAUCAUAUGGUUGUCUUGGAGCAUUUUCUUACGCUGAAGUGCUACUGAACAGACUUACAGCAUUAUAUGGAUUCAAAUAUUGUGUUUUAUGAAAGAAAAGUACCUCGUAAAUAAAAUUUUAACGUGUAUGAUAGCACCAAGAAUCUACGAGGAAAAGCUUUCAGCAGUGACAAAAUGUUCUCAUAAUUAUAAAGAUUUACCGCAAUAUGGAUUUUUAUGAUUAAUUAUUUGAAAUGUAUAAAUUUCCAACAUACUUCAUCGUUGCCUUUUUCAUGAUCAGUAUACCUGUAAUCUCUCAUCAUAAAUUACCCGGGCGCCCCAGCCUAGAUGUCAGCGAGUUGAAAGUACAGGUGUAACUAAAUCAGAGAGAGGACUGCCACUCAACAAUACGUGUACGUUCAUGGUAAAGUCAUGGUAUAUACAUGUGUAAUUUAAUUUUGGCAGACCAUAAUAUGCUGAGAUUUUUUUUUAAAAAGUCUAAGGCAGGUUGAAGUUACAAAAUUUAAUAAUACACUGACCAAAGAGAACUUGAUCCGUUCCCUCCAUGUAUUGUUUCCACUGUUAUGUUUGUCAUGAUUAAACUGAUGAAAACAUUA